AUGCGACAGGUGCUCAAGGCAGGCUUGGGAUGCAUCGUCUCCCUGCUGCUCGCCACACCGGCUGACGCCUUCUACAUUCCAGGCUGGUCGAUCAAGAGCUACAAGGACGGCGAGCAGAUACCUUUACUAGUCAACAAGGUCUACUCGGACAACACCCAGCUGCAGUAUGCCUAUUACGACCUCCCCUUCGUGUGCCCGCCGACAGGCCAGCGGAAACCCGGCACUGGCUUGCUUAGCGGACAGAGCAUCCCUCUGAACCUAGGCGAGGUCCUCCGCGGCGACAGGAUAAAGACGUCCGACAUUGACCUUGUCGUCGGCCAAGACAAGCCGUGCAACUUGCUGUGCAACCGCGAGAUCAGCAGGAAGGAGAUGCGCAGAGCCAAAGAGAUGGUACACGAUGGCUACGUCACCGAGUGGAUCGUCGACAACCUUCCCGGUGCGACGAGCUUCGUCACCGUCGACAAGAGCCGCAAGUACUACGCCGCCGGCUUCAAGGUCGGGUUCACCGACUACUCGGCGAACAGCGGCAAGCCGCGCUACUUUAUCAACAACCACCACACCAUCGUCAUCCGCUGGCGCAAGGCGCCUGGAAAGGCCGGCGAACACGGCGGAAAGGUCGUCGUGGGAUUCGAGGUGUACCCCAAGAGCAUCGGCCCCAGCAACAAGCGCGAUGACAAGGGCUGCCCCGCGGACCUACAGAACAUUGACCAGAACUUUGAGCUGUACCUCGCCCCGAACAAGUCGUCCGACACGUCGAAGCACAACCUCGAUUCCUCCUACCACCCUGCAGCCGAAGAAGACCUUGACGACGACGCCAAGCUUACAAUCCCCUACACUUACUCUGUGUACUUCCGCGAGGACAACAACGUUGAAUGGUCGCGACGCUGGGAUUUGUACUUUGUGAACCAGGAGGAAGGCCAGAAGAUCCACUGGCUGGCCAUCGUCAACUCGCUCAUCAUCUGCGGCCUUCUCACCGGCAUUGUCCUGAUGAUCUUGGCUAGGACGAUCCGCUCGGAUAUCAAGGGCUACAAGGAGGUCCCGCUCGAGGACGGCAAGCCGAGGCUGAAGCGCAAGAAGACAGGCAGCAGAUCUCCCAAGCUGUCGGAAAAGACUGGAGGGCUGCUCGAUCAGGGAAACGACGUCGAUAACGACGCGGAUAUGUCUUCGGACGACGAGGCACUGGAGGAUGUCACUGGCUGGAAGCUUCUGCAUGCCGAUGUUUUCAGGACGCCCCAGUACGGAUACCUCUUGGCUCCCCUGGUCGGAUCGGGAAUGCAACUCCUUUUCAUGGCAGUGGGGCUCGUUCUGCUGAGCGCGCUGGGCAUCCUCAAUCCCAGUUUCCGCGGUGGAUUCAUCAGCGUGGGUGUCGGUCUCUUCGUCUUCGCCGGCCUCUUCUCCGGGUACUUCUCGGCGCGGGUGUACAAGACGUUUGACGGACAGGAUUUCAGAAAGAACGCGCUCGUCACGGCCGUCCUGUUCCCAGGCCUCCUCUUCGGCAUUGUCUUCAUCCUCAACCUUUUUGUGUGGGCACAAGCCUCAAGCACGGCCAUUCCGUUCGGGACCGUCGUGGCCAUCGUCUUCCUCUGGCUCUGUAUCCAGGUGCCUCUGGUCUACGGCGGCUCCUGGUUCGGGUUCGUCCGCGGCGGAAGCUGGGAGCACCCGACCAAGACGAGCACGAACCCCCGCCAGGUCCCACAGCAGGCAUGGUACAUCCAGCCGUGGCAGUCGGUGCUCCUCGCCGGACUCAUUCCCUUUGCCGUCAUCUUCAUUGAGCUGCUGUUCGUCUUCCAGUCGGUGUGGCAAGACAAGAGCGGUUACUACUACGUGUUUGGGUUCCUGGCGGUGGUAUCGGUGAUUCUCAUCCUGACGAUUGCCGAGGUGACGGUGGUGACGAUCUACAUCCAGCUCUGCUCGGAGAACUACAACUGGUGGUGGCAGUCGUUCAUGGUGGGCGGCGGCAGCGCCGUGUGGGUAUUCCUGUACUGCGUGUGGUACUACUUCUUCAAGCUGCACAUCACGGGCUUCGUGAGCAGCAUGCUCUUCUUCAGUUACAGCUUCAUGGCAUGCUGCAUGUACGGUCUCCUGACGGGCACCAUCGGAUUCCUGAGCGCGUACGCAUUCGUCAGGAGGAUCUACGGGUGA